UCACUUUAGAAAAGACAUUUGAAAGCGUCUCAAAUCGAAAUAUUCUGUUUAAGCUUUAUUUAUCUCAACAAGAAGGAAUUAUAGGUCAUCACUAAAGCGUGGCAUUUAUGUUUUAUCAAAGCGACAUUAAUCUCCUUAUAUCUUGUUUAUCACGCCAUUAACCUUUUAAAUAUCAAGCAAAAAUACGCGAUCGAUAGUGUGGAUAGUGUAAACAUGUCGCUUGUUUACAUGCAUAAAACACGCUGGAUUAAGUCUUAAUAAAGUGAAAUAGAAAAUAUACAUUAAAUAGAAAAUUCUACGAUUGAAGAAGUGCUUAACUUCAUAACUACAAAUGGAAAAGAAAAACGUGUUAAUAGUGUACGCUCACCAAGAACCGAAGUCAUUUAACGGCGCUCUAAGAGACGUUGCGGUGUCUGCGCUGGAGGAAGAUGGACAUGACGUGUAUGUCUCUGAUCUGUACGCCAUGAAGUUUGACCCGGUGGCUUCAAGAAACAUAUUUAAAGACUUAAAGGACCCCAAUUAUUUUAAUUUUCAAAACGAGCUAAGUCACGCAGCAGACACUGGGCAACUUGCAGACGAUUUAGAUAGAGAAAUGAAGAAAAUAUUGCAAGCAGAUUUGAUCAUUCUUCAAUUUCCGAUGUACUGGCUAGGAUUACCAGCAAUAUUGAAAGGUUGGAUAGACAAGUGCUUUGCGGAACGUGUGUGUUUUGACACAACCAAUAUGAAAUGGUAUGACCAUGGGCCGUUUGUCAACAAGAAACUUGUUCUGUCGUUCACAACUGGUGGUUCUGCGUCAUACUUUUCAAACACUGGCGUGUUUGGAGAUAUGGACGUACUUCUCUGGCCAAUUCACAAUUCUCUUCGCGUGACAGGUUUACAAGUGCUAGCCCCUCAAAUAUUCUACGCCCCAGGUGAGAUCGCUAGUGAUGACAGGAAACGGAUGCUUGAUGGCUGGAGAGAACGAUUGCGAGAUAUUUGGAAAGAGGACCCAUUACCAUUUGUUCAUAUUGACAACUUUGAUCCACAUUUGGGUUUUAAACUAUCAGAAAUGUACGUACAAGAGCAUAAAGAUGCUACACUUGGACCAACAGCUGGGCAGAAUAUGGGAAAAGAUUUCAAUCAUAUGAAAACAAAAUGAGAUGAUUUAAACAAGGCGCAUUUACACUUGUGAUAAAUAUCAGAGUUUAUCAUGCCUAUUGCACAUGUUAAAAAAACAUUUUAAACAUAAACAGAACAGAACCGAACAGAACAGAAAUUAUAUUCAUUUUAAGCAUAAAAAGCUCAUCGUUGCAACAAUAUGUAUAGUAACAAAAGACAUGGCAUGUGACAAUUACAACAUAAGUUCGAUUAAUAAAUAAAUCAUACGUUUGAUAUAAAUAUUGUGCGACUGUGUAUAACAAUAACAAGAUUGUUAUCGGUAUUAAGAUAUAAUAUGAAAAGGUAAUGACUUCGGUGAUAUAUAAAUCUAUAUGUAUUUCCAUACACACAAAUAUAUACAUAUAUAAACAUA